AUGACCAAGCAGAAGCGCCCGCCAUUCUCGUGCUGGAAGGCACUUGCCCUUCCGGUUACGCUAACCGCGCUGCUGGCAUGUACUGUCAACGGGGUUCAAACAAAGCAGAUCCAAGGAGCUCCCGCAGUUACGAACACUUGUGAUUCAACCACGUCAGAGGGAGGCAUAGCCAUUUCGGUUGACGCAGGAACUAAGAAGGCGGAAUUCGUCUGUGGCAAGACGGUGCCGCAUGUCUGGCCGCAGAAGCAGGACGGCAGCCAUGUACGCGUUUAUUUCACGGGAAGUGACCUCCAGAAAACAUCGGCUCUGGAGGACCUUUUCGGGGUCGAGUCCAAGCUCACGGUCCAGAAGGACCUAGAGACGAUAACUAAGACAACCCCCAAAGCCGUUGCCACCCUGUUAAUCGGAGCCCUCCCUGCCGUGCAGAGCACCAUUUAUUUCGCGUGCGGCGCGAAUCAAUAUACGGGCGAGGAGCAAAACACGCGCCAAAGAGGUGCCUUGGCGAGAGGAGUCGGUGUCGGGUCAGCUGAAGGGAAAUCACCGCAGGCAGCAGAUGCCGGUAGUAAUGAGGCCAAGCACAAGAUCAAUGCCGCCGGUGUCGACGGGAAAGACCUUCCGCAAGCAUCGAGUACCGGCACAUGCCUCGUCACAGUGACCGUUCCCUCGGAUCCAAAUGCCCCCACGUGCACCCUGGCAAAGAAAAGCAUGGAGGUCGACAUUACCAGUGAAGCCAAGAGUACCACGUUCUCGUGCGACUCGACCAUUCCUUCCCUCUCGCCUGAAACGAGCUCAGGAAAUAUAUUUGAUGAGUCAUGUGCGAAGCCAGUCAAGUUGGCGGAAGCACUUCCAACUGCCAAGCUGGAGCCUGCGGGAUCAGGCUAUACUUUUAGUGUGGUGGAGCUGCCUUCGGCUCCUACCACGCUGUGCUACAAGUGCUCCACUAGCCCGGAGAAGGAGAGAGGUGGCGCCGACGAGUCAUGCACAGUCAAGAUCAAGGUUGCAGCCGGUCUGUCCUCUUUAGCGGGACUGACGCACCUGCAACCAGUUCUCGCGGUAGGGUCCCUUCUCGUGAUUGGGAGUGUCGUUUUCUUUUAA